AUGUCUUCAACUACAGGUCUUAACGCAGAGAAUGACGAGCAUGAAAGCGUAACGGACAUCUUACCAUCUGUAGAAACAGAAGAUGAUCUCACAGCAUUGACGAAUGAAGAACUCCUUGAUCAAGGAUGGGAAAAAGUCCAAACUAUUACCAAACCACUACAAGAUGAACUUGAUAGUAAGAUUUGGGCCAUGAGGGAAGAAUGGAUUCAAGAACAACGAAAAAAACGUUUAGCAGAAAGUCCGGUUAUAAUGCCACAAGAACAACUUGAUGCUUUACAGAGUGAUCGUCCAUCUACUUCAAAUAACAAUGACGGUUCAACUCAAGGACGUACUCGAUCUGGAAGAAACUGGGGAGUCACGCGUCAACCUCUUCUACUGAAUAGUAGAGUACGUGGUAGUCAAGGCGAUGUAGUUUUGAUUGGCUACAUGGGAAAUGGAAACGUACCUGUUGCAAGAGGUCGUUCGGAAGAAUCUUUCGCUACUCAUUCUAGUCGAUCUGAUUCUUCAGGUCAAACAACUCCAGUAGCUGGUACGAUUGUUCCAGCUGAGGAAACUCAACAACAACAAGUCAGAGAUGUUGUACCAGAUACUAACCAAGCUUCUAAUGUUGAAACAGUGUCAAGUUCUGAUUCCGAUUCUAAUUCUUCAAAUCAUACUUCAAGCUCAUCUAAUAACAGUCAUGGUUUUCAAGAACCUUCCUUAUUAUCACGACCGUUGAUAUUACAAGAAGCCAGAAGAACUUAUUUACUUUUGAGUUCCCUGGUCAAGAGUAAUGAAUAUGAUAAACAAUUAUCAGUACUCGAAAAGGAUCAAAAGUCCAUAUUGGAUUUACCGGCCAUGUUAAUCGGUCAGAGACAGAUGGAUUGGAGUUACGAUGUCGAUUGGGUUAUGGAGAGGAAUAAAGAGGGUAAAUUAGAGGAAAUAGAGAAAUGGACUGUGAUACUUACGAUGGAUAGAGGUUUUGAUAAGUAUGAACCUAUGGGACCAAUGUUCUUAUGGGAAGAAGAAACCAGAGCUCUGAUCAAGGGUUUUAAAGAAGAUUGGAAGAACGUAGAUGGAUAUCCAAGGGAUACUGGUAUAUCUGAGAAUUUGAUAAGAGCUUUUGGAAAGAUCAGGAAGAAUCGUACGACUUUAGGUGAUGAGACACUGAACGAUGAUCCCUCAGAGUCCAAAGCCACAUCCAUACCAAGAGAAAAAAUGACAGAAGGUGUAACGAUGUUGUCAGAAGAAGAGGAAUUCACACCAGAAGAGUGGAGAUCGAAAAAGGCAAAAGAAGUAACAAAACUUCCAAAUUCAGAAGCGUUCACCAUUGAAAAUAGCAAAACCAAGUAUCCCGCUUUCUUUCAAAUCAGGUUCGUGCCGGAUUUUUCUUACACUCCCUUGAGUAACCAAGAGUUGGAGUUACCAGAAGAAUGGAAGUUGCUCUGGGAAAGAGAAAAACAUAAACUUGACAAUCGGACAUUUGAGCCGGUCAUCACGGCUUCAGAAGAGAACGAAGGCAAAGAUGUGAAUGAAGACGAGGCAUCCGAGGGUGAAAGGGGCGAUGGGGAGAGAUCAGCCAGGAAAAGUAGAGAACGUAUGCCAGAAGGGCAAGAAGGGGAAGAAGAGGGAGGAGAGGAAGAAGAAGAAGGAGAAGGUGAGGAUGUUGGGAGUCCUUACUUUACUGAUGCCUCCAAGAGAACAUAUGAUAGCGAUAGUGAUGAAGAUAGCGAGAGGACGCGCAAACGGUCCCGAGACUUGAGAUCUGUGAGCGUAAGUCCGGACUGGGACGGACUAGUGAAUCUUCCGGAUGAUGACUUUGGUCGAUGUUUUGACGGAGGCGCCAACUCUGAGAUUGCCAGUGGGUGA